AUGAAUCCAUUGAUUUCUGCCGCUUCCGUUAUUGCUGCUGGGUUGGCCGUUGGGCUUGCUUCUAUUGGACCUGGGGUUGGUCAAGGUACUGCUGCGGGCCAAGCUGUAGAAGGUAUCGCGAGACAACCCGAGGCAGAGGGGAAAAUACGAGGUACUUUAUUGCUUAGUCUGGCUUUUAUGGAAGCUUUAACAAUUUAUGGACUGGUUGUAGCAUUAGCACUUUUAUUUGCGAAUCCUUUUGUUUAA